CAGGUUAUCAGCAGCAUUUCCGGUGAAUGCGUCAAACCGAGCUACUGUUUAUCUUUGAAGAAAAAAACGCUGUUUAAGGAUAAUUCCGUGUAGCAGUGGUGAAGAGUUAAAGCUCCUGCCGCUGAAAAAACAAACAGGUCGCUGUCUGACCUGAGCAGGUGUGUGUGUGCGUGUGUGCGUGUGUGUGCGAGUGUGUGUGUGCGUGUGUGAAGCCAUGGUGGAGUAUUACCAGAUAUUAGGAGUGCCGAAAGACGCAAGUCCGGAUGACAUAAAGAAAGCGUACAGAAAACUCGCCCUGAAGUGGCACCCGGAUAAAAACCCCGACAACAAGGACGAGGCCGAGAGGAGGUUUAAGGAAAUCUCCGAGGCGUAUGAAGUCCUUUCAGACGCCAACAAGCGGAGUAUUUACGAUCAGUACGGUAAAGAAGGCCUGUCAGGAGGCGGAGGAGGAGGACGCUACCAUAACGGCAGUCCCUUCGAAGGUUUCACAUUCCGUAACCCAGAUGAGGUCUUCAGGGAUUUCUUCGGUGGUCGCGACCCUUUUGCUGAUUUCUUCAGAGACGAUCCGUUCGGAGAUGACUUCUUCGGUGGUGGUCAACGGCGGCAACAGCAUCGCGGGAUGAGCAGGAGCCGAACAGGCGGCUCCUUCUUCUCUAGCGGGUUUGGAGGAUUCGGGGGUUUCGGCAGCUUUCCGUCUUUCGGACCGUCGUUCUCUUCGUUCGACGCAGGUUUCAGCCCUUUCGGUCAGAUGGGUCAGAUGGGUCAGAUGGGGCAGAUGGGGCAGAUGGGUGGAGGUGGAUUCACGUCCUUCUCCACCAGCUCGUUCGGAGGCGGCGGCGGCGGUGGCAGCGGGAUGGGGAACUUCCGCUCCGUGUCCACGUCCACCAAAUACGUUAACGGCAGAAAAAUCACCACGAAAAGAAUCGUAGAGAACGGACAGGAACGAAUCGAAGUCGAGGAAGACGGACAGUUAAAGUCGCUAACUAUAAAUGGGCAGGCUCUUGAGUUGGGUCUAGGGGAGGAGCGUAAACAGAACAAGUCACUUCCUGACUCCUCCUCCAACUCCGCCCACUCCAGCUCCACCCACUCCAACUCCGCCCACUCCAGCUCCACCCACUCCAACUCCACCUACUCCAGCUCCGCCCACUCUCACUCCACCCAGAGAGAGCGACAAACAACCAAAGAGCAAAACGGAAUGAAAAGGAAAAGACCAACGCUGAAGGGUGAAACAAAAAAGUCCAAAGAGUCGUGAAAUAUUUCGGAAACGAGCGACGGUGUCCGCGGCAGUCGAGAGCGUAAGCGUGGAAGUCUUGUUGGCUGGACGAAUGGUUUCUAGUUUGUUUUUUUUUUUUUUUGAAUUAAUAACUAAAACUUCAUAACAGGUGUCUUUUUUUGUGUCAUGAGAAAGUUUCACUUUGUUAAAUCUGCUUUACAAUAAAAGACAGUUUGAUGAAUAAUUACCAAAAUAGAUGUAACUAGAAAUAGCUGUGAAUUAGAGGUGUUUGUUUGUGUUUGUUUGUGUUUGUUUGUUUUUUAUCCUAGUUCCAUGCGCUCCUGCAGUUAGUGUUUCUGUCUGCAUCCGUCUGUGAUCAUUUCUAAUAAACUUCAGUCAGUUCUGUUCGCCAAAAUAUGUCUAAACAAGCGAGUAAUUUACACCACACGGAUCCUGAGCAGUCUUUCAUUAACUGUGAAACAUGACAGUUUAAUGUAUUUUAUUAUUGUUACACUGUGCGUCGUGUUUCAUACCGUUUCUGACACAGUCGGAGUUUUCACGCCGUCAUCGCUUUAUUAACCAGCAGAAAGAAGGCGAGAGAAAUAAACACCGCGCUGUAGUGACAUUUCGCUUCUCAGUGUCCUUAGAUGGCGUAUACUUUUGAAAAUAAAUAUCACUAAGCAGCCCAGAUGGAGGUUUAGACCUCGCGUGAAACUCGGCCCUCAGCACCGGCGUCCGAGUCGUGAUGUCACUUCCUCUUGGCCGUAACGGCGCGCAGCAGCGGCCCCCACUUGCUCUUGGCGCUGAGUUUGUGCGUGAAGUCGCGCAGGACUCGAGGGCCGUCGUUUUCCUCCGCCUCGGAGCUGAUCUCCAUCUUCUGCACGAUCAGCUUCAGCAGGUUGUGCUGCUUCUCCAUAGACUCAGAGAGAUCCUUCAGUCUGAACACACACACGCACGCACACACACACACGCACACACACACACACGCGCACACACACACUGAGGUCUACACCACUUUGUGCAACAGAAUAACAUAAAAAAUGCUACUUUUUUUAUGACUAAUAAAAACGAUGUGUCUGUUA